AUGGAAGCUGCCUCUUUUUUACAGCAUCGAGGCUCAAGUUUGUUUCCGCAGAAGCCGAAGCGGAAGCCGACUGUAAAAAUAAUCACUGAGCAGCCAACGGUGCCCACUACGACCACAAAGUUGUUCAAAGACCAUGUCCAACUGCACACCAGCAGCCCCAUAACCACGACCACGGCUGCCUCUGCCACCGCCGCCGCCCCUGCAGUCGCCGCCCCCGCAGUUGCCGCCCCUACAGUCACCGCCCCCGAAGUCGCCGCCCCUGCAGUCGCCGCCCCCGUCCCCGCUCCCGCCGAUGGCCAUGCCGCCGCCGCCGCCCCUGCAGUCGCCGCCCCCGCAGUUGCCGCCCCUGCAGUCACUGCCCCCGAAGUCGCCGCCCCUACAGUCGCCGCCCCCGCCCCCGCUCCCGUCGAUGGCCAGAACACUCAACAGUACUCUUCCUACGUUCCCCCUAAUCCCUCGCUGCCAGCCGUUGCUCCUUCCCAGCACAAUGAGAAGGGUCAUCUCGCCUCCGCCACGACUUACGCAGCGUCGGCUUCUAUCGUCUCCGACCACCACACCACCACUACCACCGUUGUUUUUCCUACGGUUUCUAAUGGAGGCGUCCCCUCCGCUGGCGCCCUUUCUCCACCGCCGUCGUCGUCAAUCUCAGACAUGCUCACUGAACUUAUGUCCGAUGUUGACCCAGUCAAUUUCACAUCUUCUGCCCUUAUUCCAUCAUCCUUGUCUCUCUUGGACAAGGAGGUCACAGAUCUUGGAGGGGACAAUGGCCUCAUUAAUGUCACCCUUCCAACCGGUGCUGAUAUUCAAGUUUCUAACGACAACCUCUUUGCAGGAGCCGCUACUACGAGGCCAUCUUCUCAGGACAAGCUCGCCGCCUCUAAUAGCAAUGCCAAUGUCGUGGACCAAUUCCUUGAGGACAACAAGGACAACAACAAUAUCGACUGGCGUUGGAUUUUUUUAAGGAAAUGUUGA